CAUUUCUCCCCUUGAGACGGCCGGGAUUGAAUUACACAGCGCCGAACAUUCGAUUUGGAACAGAUUAGCUCCUCUGCGUCGGUGCUACUCAAAAAUGUGAAGGCGUUCCCUACAUCACCCACUUUGGUUUCUAAUCCUGGAUUAAGCACAUGCAUGACGCUUGUGCAAAGCAGUUGCUCACGACAUGGAAACGAGUGAAACAAAGCAUCACCCAAACGCGUCAGCUACAUGACCACUCGCCAUGGACCUAUGGAAGUUACGAUCAACAACUCCGUACUUGUAUUUCAUACUUACCUUCACCCAUUCUUGUGAUCUAGUGCCACGUUCAAGAAUGGGGAAUUUUGCAUCUUCCACAACAGGAGCAUCAACCAGUACAGCUUGUGUGAAGUUUGUUCAUGAAUUGGUGUCACAGAAUUGCGUGGUGAUAUUUUCCAAGACCACAUGUCCGUACUGCAAAAUGGCCAAAAACGUGUUCAAUGAAAUCGGCGCCACGUACAAAGUCGUUGAACUUGAUGAACACGAUGAUGGGAGGAGAUUACAGGAGGCCUUAGCUCAGAUGACCGGUGCCAGAACGGUGCCGAGAGUCUUCAUUAACGGAAGCUGUAUCGGGGGCGGCUCCGAUACCAAACAGCUCCAUCAGCAGGGCAAGUUAGUGCCCCUGAUCAAUCAGUGCGCUCCCUGCUGCGCUCCAGACUCCGAAGGCUCAGGAAGCGGACGGUUCGGAUCUGCAAAAUGACUAACCGUUCUUUUGAUCUCUUUCAAUUCUCUAUUUAUAAACGCUGGCUAAAUCUUGCGCUACAAGCUGUAUGUUCUUGUUGUUGUUGUUUUAUUUAUCCAAGUACACUUCAGACUUAAUCAUGCAACACAUUUUUCCUCCAAGAGUUGACGAUAUUCAGCUUUCACACGUUUGUUGAAGCGUCCGGCAAUGUCGCAGUUCUUGUUUUUAGUCGUCACAGAAAACUCCUCGGUGAUCGCGUUUUACUUUGGGACGCGGUCUGUAUCAUGUAACAAAUGAAACGGUGCCUCUCCAAUGUGAUAUUUCGCGGGGCUCAUCAUCACAAAUAAAAUGUGAUUGCAAAGUGCAAUGACUGCGUGGCGAUGUGGUUUACGUUUGACGGCGGUAUUGAAGGACUUGGAAGAAGCUCUUUUGGCUCCGAACGCAUUCACGUCAAGUGGGAUAUAUUUGACAGCUGCGCCUCCGACGUCCAAUAUCUCCCGUUCUAAUGAUGAAUCUUUCUUGUUUAUUGAAAGCCUUUCUUUUCUGCACCAACCGCACAACAGUUCUUGUCUUGUAUUCUACUACUGAUCACUUUAACUCUGCUUGAUACUUUGCACAUUGUCUCACAGUUGUCAUUGGGUGGUACCACCGCACAACGGGUCACUAACAUUAUGGAAUGUCCUUGUUUAUGACGAUACUCGUGCAGCGUGUACGGCCGGAGACAAAUUCCUGUGUGUUCUACAUACUUGGCCAAUAAAGAUGAUUCUGAUUCUAACAUUUGAAA